UUGAGCGGAUAAUGCUCUAACAGAAAACUGCGUCAAAAAGGACUCAAUGUGUUCUCAAUAGUAUAUUAUUUCAGUAAACAAUUGUUAUAAUUUUAGUGGAAUAUCUUUGUUUUUCACAGUAAUAGACUGCCAGAGAAUGAUGAUGUGUUCUUAAUAUAUUAUUUAUUUGAACAAUAAUUAUUGUGAUUUCAGUGUAUUCCUGUUGUUUUUUACAGUGAUAGAUAAAAGUAGAUUAUUCUAGAAAAGUCUUGUUCGAAUUAGGAAUGGUAUGCACUCCCAAGAUAAUAAAAAUAUUGGUUGCUGGGUGAUAGACUGCAAGAGGAUAAUUCUAAAAGAUUCUAGUUUGAGUUGGGAUUAAAAUACACUUCUGAGAGAAAAAAUAUUAUUGCUUGUUCAGCGGAAUUAUGUGAUCAAAAUCGAGGUGGGUUUUUAUUCAUGAAUUGAUUCAUGCAGUAAGAAAGCUAUCAUAAUUGAUUUUAGCUCAAUGGAUUUAUAAUUAUACAAUGAGGGAGAAAAUAUAUGAAUCAAUAAAGAAUUUAUUAUGAACUUGAAUGAGAAGAUGGCAGAUUUUCUGUCCUGCAAAUGAUUUGAGAAUGCUAUAAUGCCGCCAUUUUGUUUGAGAGGGCCCCACAAUAUGGCCGAAGCACCUGAAAAUAAUAAUUUGAAUUCAGCCCCACUGCCUGGAGCCCAUAAUGGCGGCCUAUUAGCGCAGGCAUUUCCACUUGAGAAUUCACUGCCUCAAUUACUUAUGAGUCAGAGUGGUGUGGCAGCUGAAGAUGAGUUGAUGACAAGACGGAGCUUGCGUCUGCGUGUGGUGGCAAGGGACAUGAGUCUACAGCGGCUGAGCAUUUACACACCGGCUCUAGUAGAGCUGGACCUCUCUGGCAGUUGUCUCACUUCACUCAGAGACCUGGGCUGCAACUUGCGUUUGGAAACACUGUCAGUGGUACGGUGCGGUCUGACCUGUUUAGACGGUGCCUCAGGACUGGCAUGCCUCAAGCAGUUGAAUGCGGCACACAAUAGCAUUGCAGACAUAGGACCUUGCGCCAUGUUGCCUCGUAUUCAGCGCAUCGAUCUCACAGAUAACGCAGUGUGUGAUCUAAGCCAGGUGGGAUUUUUGUCGCUUUGCGCUGAAUUACGUCACUUGACACUGACAGGAUGUCCACUGCAACAUGUUGCCAACUACCAGCAACAUGUUGCCAACUACAGGCAACAUGUUGUCGAUCUGUUGCCCGAACUUAUAACGCUCGAUGGACAGCCUUUGCCUGUCGAUGGACUGAGAAGUAAUGAAAAAGGAAAUUAUGAAAGGGAAGUCGGAGAAGAAGAAGAAGAAGAGAAAGAAGAAGGAGACAGCGAUGUUGAUACAGAGUCGAAAGCGAUUGAUGAUGAAAGAGAAACAGAAAAAGAGAAAGGAGAGCUUGUCAAAAUGAAAUUCACAAAGAAAAUAGAUUCUAGAUUACCAUCACAUAGACCUUCAACAAGCACUGGUAUCAGGAGAUCCAGUUUGCUGUCAGACAAGGAAUUAAUUGGCAACAAAGACAGAAAAUCUAGACCUCAAUCAGCUGGCCUUACUGAUACAGGAGUGAGAAGGAGAGGAAAUGGAGAAGUUGAAGAAGAUGAGAGAGAAGGAAGAGAAGUUGGAGUGAGAGAAGAAGCAGGAGAAACUAGUAGAUUAACGUCGGGUGUAAUAGUUUGUGGAAAUUUAACGGCGGCGUUGAAAAAACGCAACCGAAAGCAGAAAAACGCAUGGACGAGCCAACCAGUUGAAAAUAACGUUGGUUUGAAUGAGUUUGAUAAAACAGCAGCAGAAGAACGCUCCAAACAUGUAGAAACACUUUUGACAGCAUCAAAGAAAUGGAGAACUGCUUUUUCACAGUACAGGGAACUCAAUGGGGAAAAGUGGAAAACACAAGAACUGGACGAGGGUGACUCUCAACCAAAAGAUUCUAAAUAAAUAGUUUCAAACAGGACUAUCAUAAGAAACUAUUGUAAAUUCGUGUGAAGAUGAUUUAUUUAAUUUUUGACAAAUAAAAUAAUAGUUUAUAUGAA